AUGCGUCGAAGCCGACAAUUUUGCUUGGUCCAACCGAUUCAAACGAUAUUGAUGUACUGGGCAACCGUGUGCGCGGCAUUUUGAAUACAUUGACACCGGAAAAAUUCGAACCAUUCUUGGAGCAAUUGCGAGCUCUAGACAUUGAUAGCAACGAAAAAUUUUCGACCGUCAUUACGGUGGUGUUUGAAAAGGUGUUUGUUGAACCAAAUCUAGCUCAGAUUUGUGGCAAACUUUGUUCACAGUUAUGCCAAAAACUGUCAACAAAAGAUGUGUUCAAAAAAGAAUUGCUAAACAAAUGUCAAUCCGAAUUCAAUACGUAUGUGGCCAACGAGGAUGUGUUACGUGAAAAGUUCAAAAAGUCAAUGCAAACCGAACUCAAUGAAACAAACGAUCAAAAUCGUCAGCUCGAAUUGACCAUGCAAUUGGAAGAGGAAGAGCGUAAAUUGCGUCGCCGUUCCAGUGGCACGGUUAGGUUAAUUGGUGGAUUGUAUCGACGAAAUAUGAUUCUCCCCAGUAUUUUGGAAUGGUGUUUGAUUGUUUUGCUGAACAGUCGUACCGAAGCGAAGCUCGAAUGUUUAUGCGAACUGUUGACAAUAGUCGGUCCAAAAAUGGAACGUAAAACACACGACGAAGUAUACAACAAAAAAUAUUAUCGAGAUCUGACGCCACACUUCCAAAGCAUUCAACAAAUCGUAUCGAAUAAGGAACAAUCAAAAAUCAGCAACAGAGUACACUUCAUGUUAAUGGAUGUCAUUGAGUUGCGAAAGAAUAAUUGGGUGCCAUGUCGCUCUGACUCGAAUCCAAUGAAAAUGGGUCAAACUUCACAGGAAGCUAUUGAUUCGGAUGAUGAUAAAGUGACGAUCGGUACCGAAUCAGAUUAUCAUCAAUUCUGGGACCAGAAGAUAAAUAAUAUAUUCAUAGUAAUUGAAACGUCAUGUUUCGAAUCGCCACCACCACCACCACCACAACACCAACCAGGAAUGACACCGUUGUCAGGGCAAACAAAUUUGUUGCUGAACUCCGAAGAGUAUCAAUCACUGAUUGAUAGUAAAUGCUCAUCCGAAAAUACCGAUGGUAAAAAGUGUUAUACGCGUCAACAAAUUAUGCUAUUGUGUGAAGCCGAAGCAUCGCAGGCAUUACCGAAAUUUCAAGAUCAUUACUCAAUUAUCCGCAAGAAUUCCUUGUCAAAUGGUAAAAGUGGUGAUGGCAAAGGUGAAAAAGGAAGGAAAUCGGAUAUGAUUCUCGUUGGUUCAUCUCUCAUUAAAGAUGAUGUUAAAUUGCACGAAUCGACCAAUGCAUGGAAGCCAACUUUUUUGCUAGGUCCAACCGAUCCAAAUGAUAUUGAUGUACUGUGCAAACGUGUGCGCGGCAUUUUGAAUAAAUUGACAUCGGAAAAAUUCGAACCAUUGUUGGAGCAAAUGCGAGCGCUAAACAUUGAUAACAACGAAAAAUUGUCGGCUGUCAUUUCGCUGGUGUUCGAAAAGGCGAUCGAUGAGCCAAACUUUUCUCAGGCAUACGCACAGUUGUGCCAAAAAUUGUCCAAACCAAUGGAAGAAAAGGAAGAGAAUGAACUGAGAUCGGGCGAAAAAAGCAAUAAAGACACGAAAACGGCUGUGUUCAAAAAAACAUUGCUGAACAAAUGUCAAAUCGAAUUCAAUACGCAUGUGGCCAAUGAAAAUGCGUUACGUGAAAAGCUCAUGCCAAUGCACAUCGAACUCAACGAAACAAACGAUCAAAAUCGUAAGUUCGAAUUGACCAUGCAAUUGGAAGAGGAAGAGCGUAAAUUGCGUCGCCGUUCCGUUGGCACGGUCCGGUUCAUUGGUGAAUUGUAUCGACAAAAUAUGUUGCUCACCAGCAUCAUGGAAUGGUGUGUGAUGGUUUUGCUGAACAUUCGUACCGAAGAGAAACUCGAAUGCUUGUGUAAAUUGCUGACAACCGUCGGCCAAAAAAUGGAGCAUAAAACAGGCGACGAAGAAUAUGACAAAAAAUACUAUCGAGAUCUGACGCCACACUUCCUCACUAUGCAACAAAUUGCAUCAGAUAAGAAACAAUCGAAAAUCAGCAGCAGAGUACGCUUCAUGUUAAUGGACGUCAUUGAAUUGAGAAAAAAUAAGUGGGUGCCACGUCGUUCUGACUCGAAUCCAAAGAAAAUGGGUCAAAUCCAAAAGGAAGUUAUGGAUGAGCACUACAAAACGCAAAUCCAAAUACUUGCCAAUAUGCCAAACUCUGGUGGAAUGGGUAAUAGUAAUAUGAGAAAAGACAACCGUGAGCGCAAUGAUCGCGGCAGCAUGCCACGUGGUGGCAGCAUGUCAGGCAGUGGAUACAAUAAUAGCAACAAGCUUGGUCGAGGUGGCAAUUUCCAAGAUAAUGACGGAUGGAUUCAAACGGGUGGCAACAAUAGCAGUCAACAAUUUGAUCCAUCGAAAUUCAGGACGACAUCUAACAUAGAAGAUAUUAAGAACACUGCAUUGGUCACACCAAAGUCAUUCCAAUGGAAAUUCAAUACACAACCACAGGCAACGACCAGCCUUACAAAUAGUUUUUCAGCGCUGAAAUUAUCCGAUAAAAUUAGUGAACAAACCAAAAAAGCGAUCCGAUCAACUCUAAAAAAUCUGCUAACUCAAGUUCAAAAGAAUCAAAUCUGUUGCUAUAGCGAUUUUUACAAAACACUUCAAUUCGAAAUAUAUGAAAUUGAUGGAAUUGAUCGAUGGGCGCUCGUACGCGAUUUACACAACAGCGCCAUGAAUACAUCCGGUUUGACGGAGGUGAAGCGCUGCUUUAUCGGUACCAUUUGUACCUAUUGGCUGGAAAGUAACCAAAUUACAAAGGAGGAUUAUGUACAAGGUUUAAGUGAAUAUAUAACAAUGUUAGCCAAUAUUUCGAUCUAUAUGUGGAAAAUUUACGAAUGGACCUCUCAAAUGAUAUCUACGGCAUUUUUCAAUAACCUCAUCACACUGGAUGACUUGAAAAACACAGACAAAAAAUCGAGAGCAAAGCUUUUGGGAUGCUUAUUACCAUACUUGGCAUACGAAUAUGGGCCACAAUAUGUACGUGAUCUGUGGAAACAGUCCGAUUGUAAAUGGGAACAGUUUGUUGUUGACGGCAGUGUCGACAAAUUUGUGGAACAAUAUAAAUUGGAAUUUGUGGAAAAUCCAAGGGAAACCUUGCCUCCAGCUAGUAACAAAAGACAUAGAAUCUAUCAAUUGGUUCUCAAAGAUGAUUUUUCAAAAGAAGAAGUUGAUAAAUAUAUUAAGACCCAUGUGCCUACAAUUAAUAAACAAAGUAUACGUUUUUUAACACGAACUUUGAUCCAAGCCGCGUGUAAUAUUUCGACAGCUGGACACCCUUUGGAGGAUAAAUUUCUCCCACGAAGCAUAGAAAUUUUGAAAGGAUACAUUGGAGGCGAACAAAAGCAGGAUCUACAGUUGGAAUCGUUGUACGCUAUUGAGUUGCUGAGCAAUGAAUUGGACCAUCCACCAGGUUUCUUGCAUAAAGUGUUUUCCAAAUUAUAUGAUGAUGAAGUGGUUCCAUCGAACGUUUUCAAACAAUGGGAGACAUCACCCAAUGAACCAAUGGACAAAAGAGCUGCAGUUAAAAAUUUAACCCAGUUCUUUGAGAAUGUCAAUGAUGAUUUGCACUUGAUGAUGAUCCGUACGAUUCUGAAAAUGGACAUCGCUGAUUAAUCAAUGUAAUGAAGAAAAAUGAGAAAAUAUCACGAAGAAAAAAACUGGAAACGAAAAACAAUUACGAGCGGACGCAAAAUUAAAGCAAAUAUGCAAAUAAAAAUAAUGAAAUGAUGAGAAACAAAAUUGAACAACAUACAUUAUCGGAAAGUCCUAAAAGAAGUACGCAUUUAUAUACGAGGAUAUAAAAACAUUUCAUUAGAUAUUCAUCAACGAUAGCAUUUAUUCUAAUAUAUAAUCAGUCAUUUAAUAAAAUGUUUAAAAUUUGAAUAAUAUAUACAUCUUAAAAAAGACUACA